CCGUGUUCCAAAAAGGGGGACCUUUUGGCCUAUUUACUCAACUGCUUAGCUUUAGCGUUGUUCCUUUCCCCUCUGAUUCCAAUCUCGAAUCUCAUCGGAUAAAGACAGAAAUUUAGGUUUAGGGUUUAGGUCAGCGGAGCUCAAUGGAAGAUAUCACGGAGGGAGUGAAUGCCAUAAACCUGGGCGGAGACUCCCACAAGAAGAACCGGAUCCAAGUCUCCAACACCAAGAAACCCUUGUUCUUCUACGUCAAUCUCGCCAAGAGGUAUAUGCAACAGCAUAACGAGGUUGAGCUGUCUGCCCUUGGAAUGGCUAUUGCCACGGUCGUUACUAUAGCAGAAAUUUUGAAAAAUAACGGAUUGGCUAUUGAGAAGAAGAUCAUGACCUCAACUGUCGAUAUAAAGGAUGACUCUAGGGGAAGACCCAUCCAAAAAGCAAAGAUCGAAAUAUUGCUGGGGAAGACUGAAAACUUCGAUGAAUUGAUGGCGGCUGCUGCAGAGGAAAGGGAAGCUGGAGGAGAUGUUGAAGAGCAAAGUUGAAGGGGGUUGUGUCAGAGUUAGUUUGUUCUGUUUUGUUUUUGUCGUCCUAGUACUGGUGAAUGCACUUAAUCAGUCAUUUUUAUUUACAGGAGAUUUGUAGCUAUCUAAGAUAUUCUGGUCCUAAUGAUUUUGGUAAACGUGAAAAUUUUGUUUUGGAGUGUAGAAACCAAAUCUGUUUGUUAUUCAAAAUUCGAUUUUUUUCACCAGAA